AUGUUGUCAGCAUGCAACCCGCUUUGCUUCUUAUUACUUAAGUUUAAGGUUCCUUUGACGCUUGUCAAAGGUGUAGCACUGCUCCGUCUAUCGACUUCAGUUAUCAUCGCUGACGACCAGUUCAAUCCAUCACCAGUUGUCUCGGUGAUCGACAGCUUCUUCGGCUCGGCGACCGAUUUACAACUUGGUGAACCAGUCGUAAAUCUCAAGUGA